AUGCCACGGCCUACCCGCUGGGCCUACAAGUCAGUCAGCGGGCUUCAGAAACCAGAAAGUGACUGUCCCGUUUCUUUCUGGAUAGACUUGCCGGUCCAACAUGUCCCAGCCUUGGCCCCGAUCUCAUCUCCGAGCUCGAGCUCGUACCCGUCGCAGACUGCAUCCCGAGCUCUGUCGGGGCUUGCGCAGAUCGGUACCGCCCACGUCUGCGAUGCUGGUCCUCGGAUGCAAGCGCAUCGCGGCCACCGCAGCCCAAGCCGGCUGUGCGUUUCGGCCGUUCGUCUCUCGCCCAUUCGUCUCUCGCCCAUCCACCGACCCACAUCACCAGCAGCGGACAGAUCCGUAUUUUGUCGGGCACCAGUUUGAACUGGACACCCAGAACACACUCAGGCACUUUGGAUUUGAUCUCCGGGCCUGCGGCAAGCGCAACGACAAGGGCAUCGAUCUGCGCGGUUACUGGAUGUUCUCUCCGGCCGACACAAACGUGAUCAAGCUGCCAGUGAUCAUCCAGUGCAAGAACGAGGCCACACGACUGUCGCCAAAGUACGUGCGGGAACUGGAAGGGACGGUUCUUCGAGAGUCCGAGGGGACGCUCGGCGUCCUCGUCUCGAGCAGAGGAUUCACCCCGCUGUCGAGACAGGCUUUCCACUCGUCGCCGCUGCCCAUGGCGCUGGCCGUCGUUGUCCCUGACGAUGAGCCAGCGCUGAACUCGCUACAGAUGAAUCACGCCGCCCAGAACUUGAUCCCGGAUCUGGUGAUAUCCACCCUCACGCUGCCCGCAGUGCAUCCAAGUGCCAUCGAUGCUCCCAAACGCGCCGGCGUUGUGGUUCAGUACCGGGGAGUCGACAUCUUCAGGCCAGACCCAGACCCAGACCCAGAGAGCAAUUAACGGCAGCAGCAUAUCGUUCACGUCUGAGACAGUUUGAACCAAGUGGAAGUGGCAACCACAGCGCUGGUGCCAUCUUGCACUGAUCUUAAUGCUGCCCAUACCAUCGUCCUGCUUGACAGUACUUUGCGACUCUGUCUGCGCAGAAUGAAAUGGGGCGACCGAUUCGCUUCUAUGCAGCCUCUCUCCAGCGUCCCUCCAAUAUAUGCAUGUCAUCUACAGCUUGCCACUGGAGGAUACCUGGCCGGCCAGUUACCCAUUCAUUUGCGGCAAUGGCGGGGUACUGGUUGUUCGUCAGCCCCUUGGCACUGCCUGCAUCGAGCAAAAUCAACAUGGGAUAGUCAUGCCAGAUCGAGGGGCCAUCGACCGGCCAUACCGACCCAAUACAGCGUGCUGAAACAACA